AUGUAUGGAGGCAGUGAAACCUGUAAUUCAUUAACAUCACAUCACGUUGAACAUGAUCUGUUGAAUUCAUCAACUUUUCACAAUGAUUAUCCUCGCUGCAUCAAUACAAUAAGAGUUUUUAAAAAUAAAAAUCAAGAUAUUUACUAUAAGUACGAUUUAAAAGAAAGCAUAAUUGGAACUGGUGCUAGCGGCGUCGUACGGUUGGCUGUUAACCGUUACACAGGUGAAUACUUUGCAGUUAAAACACUUACUACGGAUAUCCAUAACAACAAAAAAACUUCUAUGGCUCGAAACGAAGUUUUGACUUACCUUAAGCUAGAUCAUCCAUCAAUUGCUCGGUUAAUAGAUGUAUUUGAAGACGACGGCAACAUUAUUUUAAUUAUGGAACUUUCUUCUGGAAAAGAAUUGUAUGACCAUUUAAUUAGCAAGCAACAUUUACAAGAAAGCGACGUUAAACAGCUUGCCGUCCAAAUGCUCUCCACGAUUGCCUACUGCCACAGUCAAAAAAUUUGUCAUAGAGAUCUUAAACUGGAAAACUGGGUGUUUUCUGAUUUAGGGAAAAAAAUUCUAAAGUUAAUAGAUUUCGGUUUUGGUAGAGUCUUUUCCACAAUAAUUCCAAUGACAGCCAUGCACGGAACUGUUUAUUACGUUUCUCCUGAAGUUAUCGAUGGAUGUUAUCAACACAAAUGCGAUGUUUGGGCAAUUGGGGUCAUAAUAUAUAUGCUACUCAGUGGUAUGCCACCCUUUAACGGAAAUAAAGACAGUCAAAUAUUAGACGAAAUAAAGAACAACUCAUUCAAUUUCAAAAACAAAGUGUGGAAUGACGUGAGUGAUAAAGCCAAAUCUUUUAUCUCUUCUUUGCUUUGCAAAAACAUCGCGUUACGUCCUGACGCUGAAUACGCUUUGCAUCACCCGUGGCUAAGAAAUAAAGCAUCGUCUGCUGCACUGCCUAAAUCACAAUGUAAAAAAAGAUUUUUACAAUUAACCGUAACCUUUUCUGACUUGAUUAAUAAUGUUAGCUGA